AGAAGGACACAUUUGAAAGCUAUUUAUUAUCAACUGAUUCACAGAGCAAUCCAUAUCGUUUCUACCAUGUGGAAAUAUUCUACCGUCUCAACAAAGCUGGUGAGAGUUCUGGUAAUCGUUUUCCUUUAUGGGCCUAUUCCAUUAAUAAGUGCUUCGGGUUUAUGCUUCGUGUUGGAAACAAACCAGACGUUGCAACAAUAUUGCGAAUGGAGCAACUGGUUUCCAUGGAAUUGUGUAAUUUGCGGCCUAGGCGUACCCGGAAAUCUCUCCCUGGCCUCCCGGACACGAAGCAUCUGCUGUGACAAGAGACUUCCACCGGAAACCUGCGGCACAUCGUGUAACGUAAUACAAAAUGACGUCAAAGAAACGGGCAUAUGUGAAACUGAAUGCCCACACCUAUAUAACACCACGGCAAAAGCGAGUUUGCCUAGUGCAAAAGUUGAAGCGCAGACACUACCUUCGACACCAACAGUCACCAGUAAAUCGGAUUAUAACGAGUACACUAGUCCGAGUACUACGCUUCGAAGCGAUAUUCAAACAACUUCGACGCUGCCCCUUCUGGUGCGAUCAUCUACAACAAAAGUGGUUGAAAACAGUGCUGGCCACGGGGAUUCGAGUUAUUUACGGGCGGUGGCUCAUACGCAGGGAAUGUCUUGCGAUGAUCAGUGUUGCUAUCUUGGGUCUUGGAUGUUGUACAGUAGGGGAAGUUUAAGAUUGUGUCUGUUUAUUCUAAUGUCCUUCUAUGUAACCAUAGCCACCACAGGGUUUCUGGCCACCCUGCGUAUAGUCAGGGUUUACAAUAACCGGAAGUCACGUGUGCAUACAAGCGCAAAACCGCCAUUCAACGACAGUGUGUGAUAAAACAUUAACACGAUAGAAAAACACGGUAGAAAAACGAUCUGCUUUAUUGUGUCGUUAAGGUGAAAAGGUUUAUUUUGGACCCGAAAAUUUAACUCAACAAAACACUUUAAAGCCACACACUUUGCCUCUGACCUUGAAAUGAAAUACAUGUUAAUCAAUACAUAUACCGGUAGAUGCAAUUUGAAAGUGUGCAUAAUUGUCAUUAAAUCUAUUACCUAG